UAGUGGUAAUUUAAAAAGCAGCGCGACGACAUUGAAAACUUUGGUCAUAACUUAUAAGCGAAGUUGAGGGGACACAGUUGUCAGCUUAAGACGCAUGAAGUUUCCUUCCUCUGCGUUUGCCCAGAAACAUUCUUUUAUAUAUUCUUCAAUUUCAUUUCUCGAUCAACCUAAACCCUAAUUUAACUCCUUUUUUUUUUCCUAAAGGCAGACUCUAAUCGUUUGUAGCAACCGCGAAAUCGCCUCGACACACUUUAAAAAUUGUAGGUGAAAUUUUCGAAUCUCGUUUUUUUUUUUUUUUUUUUGGUUUCCAUCUGUUGCUUUCGAGUUUUAUCUUGUGGUCGGAGUCUCGGCAAGCUGUACUGUAUGUGACUUUCUGCUACGGACAGGAGACAAAGCUGGAACACUUGAUGGAUAACAACAACUGGAGACUUUCCAUUCCAAAUGGAGAAUCUGCAGCCAUUAACAAUGGUGAGUGGAGAAAACAGUUGCCACCUGAUUCACGCCAGAAGAUCGUUAACAAGAUAAUGGAAACACUAAGCAGGCACCUUCCGAGUUCUGGACCAGAAGGAAUUAACGAUCUCAGGAGAAUUGCUGCCAGAUUUGAGGAGAAAACUUUCAGCGGUGCUGUUAACCAGACUGAUUACCUUCGGAAGAUAUCCAUGAAGAUGCUGACUAUGGAGACUAAAUCUCAAAAUGCUGCUGGCUCUUCCUCAACUACCACUGAUGCUAAUAAUACCACAUCAAUGGAUUCAAGUAAUCAUGAUUCUCAACCAUUACCCAACAAUCAAGGGCAACUUCUUCCAAACAAUCAAUCUCAAGCACCUCAGCCGUUGAUGUCCCAAACCAUGCAGAGUAAUACAGCCUCUGGAAUGGCGGGUUCUACUGGUUUACCAUCUUCCAUGCAGCCUGUUUCUUCCAUAGCCAAUAAUAACGUCACAAGCGUUGUAAACCAGAAUUCCAGUAUGCAAAAUGUUGCCGGAGUGUUGCAAGAUUCAUCUGGGCAGCAUGGCCUUUCAUCCAACAUGAUAUCAGGAUCCCAAAGGCAGAUGUUGGGCAGGCCGCAUAUUAUGUCUUCUCAGCAGCAGCAGCAGCCACAGGGUGGACAAUAUCUUUAUCAGCAGCAACUUCUCAGGCAGAAUUUUCAGUCAGGGAAUGUUCCCAAUCCCAUACAACAACAGCAACAAAAUGUAUUGCAGCCCAAUCAAAUGCAUUCGUCUCAACAGCCUGGUAGUACGACAUCUGCAACGCAGCCUUCAGCUGUGAACUCAGCUCCCAUCCAGGGUCUCCACACAAAUCAGCAGUCAAGUCCUCAAUUCUCUUCUCAGCAGACUACGUCACAGACUAUUCUUCGUCAGCAGCAAUCGUCGCUGCUAAGGCAACAUCCGCAAUCACAACAAGCCUCUGGGAUCCAUCAGCAACAAACUUCAUUGCCGCAUCAGUCUAUUUCUCCCCAGCAGCAAGCACAAAUGACGCGGCAACAAGCUGCAAGUGGCUCAGGCAUCCAGCAGAAUCAAAUGAUGGCGCAGCAUGUUGUUGGGGAUAUGCAGCAGCAGCAACAUCAGCAAAGGUUGCUGAACCAGCAAAAUAAUGUUAUGAACAUGCGACCGCAGCAGAAGCAACACCCACCGGCCCAACAGCAAUUUAUGUCUCAACAAAACAGCCUUCAGGCUACGACUCAGCAACCACUGGGCACUCAAAGCAAUGUUGCAGGACUGCAGCAACCACAACAACAGUUGCUCAGUUCCCAGACUAACCAGCAGUCGGUGCACAUGUUAUCACAGCCAACCGCUGCGCUGCAACGAACACACCAAGCUGGCCAUGGCUUGUAUCCUUCUCAGGGACAACAGUCACAAAAUCAGCCAUCCCAGCAGCAGAUGAUGCCCCUUCAGUCUCACCAUCAGCAGUUACAACAACCUAAUCUGCUACAACAGGAUGUGCAACAAAGGCUACAAUCUUCAGGCCAAGUGACAGGUUCCCUGCUUCCACCUCAAAAUGUAGUGGACCAACAGAGACAAUUGUAUCAAUCCCAAAGAACCCUUUCGGAGAUUCCAUCAUCAUCGCUAGACUCCACGGCACAGAAGGAAAGUGGAAAUGCGGUUGAUUGGCAAGAGGAGGUUUUCCAAAAGAUCAAAAUUAUGAAAGAUGCGUACUUACCAGAUGUUACCGAAAUCUACCAGAGAGUUAUAGCCAAGUUGCAGCAAAUGGAUUCUCUUCCGCAGCAACAAAGAUCAGAGCAGUUUGAGAAAUUGAGACAAUUCAAGACAAUGUUGGAGCGAAUGAUGCAAUUCCUAUCGGUUUCAAAGAGCAGUAUCAUGCCUCCUUUAAAGAAUAAGGUGGCUAUUUAUGAGAAGCAGAUUGUAGAUUUCGUAACUGCGCACAGGCCGAGGAAGCCAGUACAGCAAGGGCAGCCUCCGCAAUCUCAAAUGCAGCCUAUGCAGCAACAGUCAUCUCAGAACGGUAAUCAUUCCCAUGAUGGUCAAGCGAAUACGCAGAUGCAAUCAAUGAGCAUGCCUAGGGUACAACAGAGUAGUCUGGAAAAUGCGCAGUACAAUGUUUUAUCAUCUCGUCCUCUAGCUUCAGCACCACAGCAGAAUAUUCCCUGUUCCGUACCGGGUUCUAGUUUAGAGUCAGGCCAAGGAAAUGCACUGAAUAAUAGCCAGCAGGUUGCCAUGAGAUCCAUGCAACAAAAUAAUUAUCAAGAAGUAAAUAACAGUUCUGCCUCUGCUCAAAGUGGGUUAAGUACACUGCAGUCUAAUGUUAACCAAACCCAGUUAAGUUCCAGUCUGCUUCAGCAACAGCACCUCAAGCAACAGAAAGACCAACAAAUGACUCAGCAGCAGCAGCUCAAACCGCAAUUUCAACAGCGCCAGAUGCAGCAGCAGCAGCAGCAACUGCUUCAGAAGCAGCAAUUAAUUCAGCAGCACCAGCAACAGUUGCAAGCAAGACAGCAAGUGGCACAAAAUGAUGUCAGUCGUGGGAUGUUUCAGCAACAUUCUCUGCAGAGUCAGCGUACUAGUUCCCCCCUUCAACAUUUAAAACCAGGAUCCCAGCUUCCUGUUACGUCGCCUCAGCUUCUGCCAGGUGGAUCUCCUCAGAUGACACAACAACAUUUGUCUCCCCAGGUCGACCAGAAAAAUGUGAUCUCAUCUGUCAACAAGAAUGGAACUCCAGUGCAACCUGCAAACUCCCCUUUCGUUGUCCCAUCCCCUUCAACCCCCUUGGCACCGUCCCCUAUGCAAGUUGCCUCUGAGAAACCAUCUGGAGCUUCUUCGUUGUCAAUGGGGAAUAUUGCACGCCAACAAGCAACUGGAACGCAAGGUGUAGUUCAAUCCAUUGCAUUUGGCACUCCAGGGAUCUCUGCCUCUCCUCUCCUUCAGGAGUUUAUUAGUCCUGAAGGAAAUAAUUUAAAUCCUUUGACAAGUACAUUUGGGAAACCAAAUGCUACUGAGCUGCCUAUUGAACGCCUUAUCAGAGCCGUGAAGUCCAUCUCACCACAAUCACUCUCUUCUGCAGUAAGUGACAUCGGAUCUGUUGUAAGCAUGGUUGAUAGGAUAGCUGGUUCAGCCCCAGGAAAUUCAAGGGCUUCAGUUGGAGAGGACUUCGUUGCAAAGACUAAGUGUCGUCUCCAAGCAAGAAACUUCAUGGCGCAAGAGGGGAUGACGCCGACCAAGAAGAUGAAGCGUGGCACAACUGCAAUGCCGUUAAGCGUUUAUUCAUUAGAAGGAAGCGUUGGUGAUAACUGCAAGCAGUUUGCAUGUUCGGAAACAUCAGAUCUGGAAUCUACUGCGACUUCUGUUGGCAAGAAGGCAAGAACUGAGACCGAGCAUGCUCUUUUGGAGGAAAUCAAGGAAAUAAACCAGCGGCUGAUAGAUACAGUUGUUGAGAUUAGUGAUGAUGAAGAUGCCGCUGAUUCUAGUGAGGGAGCAACAGCAAGCAAAGGCUGUGAAGGAACAACAGUGAGACUUUCGUUUAUAGCUGUUUCUCUCAGCCCAGCCUUGAAGGCUCAUCUCUCAUCAACCCAAAUGUCUCCUAUUCAAUCAUUGCGUCUACUGGUACCUUGUAGCUACCCCAACGUCUCUCCAUCUCUCCUAUAUAAACUACCGGUGGAAACAAGCAAAGAGAACGGGGACCUCUCGUCCAAAGCUAUGGCAAGGUUCAAUAAAUUGCUAAGAAGCUUGUCACAGCCGAUGUCGCUCAAAGACAUUGCCAAUACAUGGGACGCUUGCGCUCGGACUGUGAUAUGUGAAUACGCACAGCAAUUUGGUGGUGGAACUUUUAGCUCAAAAUACGGUACUUGGGAGAAAUUUGUAGCUGCUUCCUGAAUCUGAUAUGUAUCUCUCAUCAUGUCGUGAUUGUAACUCUAUGGUUCACAGUUCGUCAUGAGACAUGGUUCAAGAGUUGUUCUCGACAGCCAUGAGAACCAAUCCAUUACUUGUUGUUCUGUUGGGAGUUGUUGUGUGUCGGAGGGCGAGGAGGGUGUAGUAUAUUAAAGAAUGAAUAAACUGUUGCCAACCACUGUA